CAAGGUCCCGGCCGCCGGAGAGCUAGCGGUCUCUAUGGCAACCAGCAGGCCCUGGCCCGGUUGCCAGGCUCCCAGCGGCCGUCUAGCCGACCGCGCCUGCACAAAGACCGCGCGGUGACCGCGCAGCGCAGCGCCGUGACCCGGCCAAGCCAGCCCCGCGGGAAUUGCCACCCCCGCCGCCGCUGCCCGGGAAGCAGUUCCGGCGGCCUUCGUGACGUGCAGGCCGGGCGCGGCCUCGACCCUCGGGCCAUCUUGGCAGCGGAGGGAGCCGCGGAGCGCAGGUACACACGCCGCCCGGCCGGGGCCAGCCCAGGUGCCGCCGCCUUUGUUCACGCGCGGGUGGUCGCAUGGCACCCGUGGGUGGUGCCAGCAUCCGCAGACCGAGCUUCGGCAGGUGCAUCCCGCAAAGUCUGGGCAGCGCAGCUCCGCGCAUCUCUUAAGGCCUGGGCAGGUUCAGCCUAUGCAUCCUACAAGGGCUGAGCAGAUCCAGCUAGAGCAUCCUUCAAGGCCUGGGCAGGUCCAGCCAGCGCUCCACACCUUGACCCUGCGAAGCUUGCAGAAAGGAACUGCGUCCAGGACAGGACCAGCGUCCCCAGGCUUGCUUCAGCACCCAAGGCCUUUCGCUCUGCUUCUCCAGGUACCUGUGGCUUGACUUUGGCCAGCAUGGUCCAACCUCAGACCUCCAAAACUGAAAGCCCAGCCUCUGCCCCUGGUGCCAGCGCUCAGAUGGAUGACGUAGUUGACACCCUGACCUCCCUGCGUCUCACCAACUCUGCGCUGAGGCGCGAGGCCUCCACACUGAGGGCGGAGAAGGCCAACCUCACCAAUAUGCUGGAGAGUGUGAUGGCUGAGCUAACUCUGCUGCGCACCCGGGCGCGCAUCCCUGGCGCUCUGCAGAUCACUCCACCUAUCUCUGCCAUCACUUCCAAUGGGACCCGACCCAUGACCACGCCACCCACCUCGCUGCCUGAACCUUUCUCGGGAGACCCUGGACAGCUGGCAGGGUUCCUGAUGCAGAUGGACAGGUUCAUGAUCUUUCAAGCCUCCCGCUUCCCCGGUGAAGCCGAGAGAGUGGCCUUCUUGGUAUCCCGUCUGACUGGGGAGGCAGAGAAGUGGGCCAUCCCCCACAUGCAACCAGACAGCCCUUUGCGAAACAAUUACCAGGGGUUUCUGGCUGAGCUACGCAGAACCUACAAGCCCCCACUGAAGCACUCACGGCGAGCACAAAUCCGGAAGACAUCUGCGUCCAAUAGGGCCGUGCGGGAACGGGAGCGGGAGCGGCAGAUGUUGUGUCGCCAACUGGCCACAGUUGGCACAGGAUCCUGCCCGGUGCAUCCAGCCUCCAACGGGACCAGUCCCGCACCAGCCUUGCCCUCUCGUGGCCGGAAUCUUUAGGGAUCUGCCACUACCCUGGUAGUCUGUGUCCACCCAGGUAGCUAGACUCCGUUGUUGAGAAGAGUUGUCAAUACAGUAGCAUUGCCCUGUUUGAGGCACCCUUCAUGUCUUUCUGAUCUGCAGGAGGCCACCUGCCAUCUGCAUUGGUCACCCACCUUACUGUGCAUUUUUUUUUUUUUUUUUGCUAGCUUUACCUGCGACUCAGUGCAUGCUCCCCCUUCUGUUGCUUGCAAUCCCAGCCUCUCUAGCAAUCACAACACAUCCCCUUGGGCAUGCCUGCCCAGGAACCAUUUAGGCUGACCACCUCUGUGAGCUCAGCUCAUGGAUACUCAGCUUCUGGAGCACGUUCAACGAUGACGGGCACCUUGGGAGUUCCCUUCCUGAGCAUUCCAGGUAGAAAGAAGCCAGCUUGGCCUGGCAGGCGGCUGAUGUAUGUCUGAACCAGCAUGUCUAUAUCUGGUCACUUUGCAAGAUGGCUAGGUAGCCGCUCUGCAUCCCAGGGAUACUUUCUUCUGCUGGGGGGAGCCUGCAUUCCAGCGUAUCCCACUGCUGUUGCUGAGAAGGUCUCUUCCUUCAUAGACAUCCCGCCAGCCUCUCGUGUCCGUGAAAGACUCCUUCACAUCUGCCCAUGCCUGCCAGUGUUCUCAUGGCAUUAAGGAAAUCCAGCAUUCAUCUGCCAAGUUAAUUGUGGACCUGGGACCACAGGCAGCAGAUUCCUAACAUUCAUGCCUCAGCUCUAGCAGACUGAGGGGGACCCUGGGAACCCCAUUUGCUGCCUGGAUUUCCAGGGAGAGGCUCAUAGUUGUCCACUCAUUCCUGCCCACGUGGCUCCAUGGUGGGCCUUGUCUAGCUACAGACUCUCCCCCUUUCCACCCAGGUGCCGUGUGGCUUUCACCUCAACCUUUCAGCCACCCACACCGUCUCUAGGCAUCCAAGGAACCCGCACAACAUGCCGUCCGUGUUCCUGGGCCUAACUUCUAGCCUUCGUUGGAGAACAAACGACUGUCUGGGGCCAGUUCCUCUGCGAACUGAGCAUCUUCAGUAGGGCGAGUUGGCUUCUUGCUGCCCCAGUCUGAAGAACUGGCGAAGAGUGGCCCACUGGUUUGGUUCUCAUGCAGACACUCGUCCCUGGUCCGAGGAGCAAAGCCUCAUAGGAGGAUGACCUCAUGAUCGUACUCGGACUCAGCCAAGCCUCUGGACAAUGACAUUAUCUGUCAUUCCAAUGCCAAAUGAACUGUUUACAUACCCACCUGGCCCCUCCAGGGAGAUGGGUGCCUCUCCUGGGUUUUCCUGCCCUCCUCUGCACGGUCUUGGCUUGACCAAAACAAUAACAACAACAAAAACCGCCUCUGCACCCAUGGAAAGACAUCUCUCUCCUCUUGGGAUCCCUGAGGCUGGGGCCUGGAACCUGGCCUCUUCCAGAGACUUCUUCCGACACUGGGAAAAGUGACUGAUUGUAACCAACGCAGCCACCUUUGCAAGGCCAGGAGUCUUCGAUGCUCGCUGGGCUCAUAGCCCACAGCCACCUGCUUCUUGUUAACUCUGUUAGCCUAGCAGCCUCCCUGAACAGCCAAGGCACCCUGUUGGCACCAUGGUGCUAUAAGCAGGUGGAAGACUCCCCGGGUUCCAUUGAGAGUACUCACCUGUCCCCAGCAGCUGAGUCUCAAUGUAUGACCUUCUGGUAGAGGGGUCCCCAGGUGAAGCUACAGCUACACCAGAAAAAUUGGGGGGGGGGGGGGUAGGGAGGAGGUGUUUGUGGAGGUAGGCGACAACUGGAAGGUUUCUUUGUUUCCUUCCAAGUUGGGGUUAGAGAUCCACCCACCGGGGACGCAGGUGACCUGCCCUGGCUCCUCUGACCACUGGGUGCUGGCUGUGUGCAUUAGAUUCUACUUCAGAGCCCUGAGUAGGUACUGGAGCCCAAGCUGCCCGGGUCAGAGGCACGCAGGCUGCCUGCCUCCAGGUGUGGCUUAUUACCUUCCUUUGCAUCUGGUCUGACACACACGGGCCACUCUGCCUCAGUGGGUCCCUACCGCUGCUCUUGUGACGUUGUCUUGGAGACUGCUUUGUUUCUUGAUGCUUGUGUUUAUGGGAACAGGGUGGUGAUGCCAUGUAUUUAGAAUCAUCUCAAUAGCUAGCUCUCUGUGGCUUGGAGCCUGGAGCACAUGAGAGAGGGUUGAGGCUUGCCCUCUACUCUGGACCUGGAAGAGCCACUUGGGACCCGUUGUUGAGGAGCCCAUCGUGACUCUCCUUGGGGGCAUGAUUAGUCCCCAGCCAAAAUGACAAGGUACAAGGCCCAUGCAGCUCCAGAGGGAGACUGUGAUAACUGGCCUCAAAGCUAAGGAAGAGGGGGAGGGGAGGCUUUGUACAUAUCUUAAGGUUCUAGUUUCUUGAGCUCAGAGGAGAACAGGGAGGAGUUGGUGUAUGAAGGAGUUGUGUUGCUCCACAUGACGGUCGUGGCAGUACUGUGUCUGCUCUCCAGACCCUGUGACACCCAUCUGGUAAGCAGGGCUUCAUUGCAUUCAGCAUCUAAUUGACAGUGGGACCUGGCAUUUGGGUGACUUCCCAGCCCAGUGUUUACUGUGACCUUGGAAUUAUCUCCAUGUCCCAAAGCAUUCAGUGACUUUGAGGAAACAGCAAAGAGGCAUCUUCUUAUCCCUGGCUAAGUAAGAGACAAGAUGUGCAUUGCUCUGUUAGUACCUCUUGCUCAGCCUGAGACAGGUGCCUGUUACUGCAGAGGACAGAGCCACUACUGGAUGAGCAUGCCCUGGGCAUCAGCUUGCAGGGGGAGUGAAUGGUGGUGGAGAAGCUGGCAUAGGCCUAGGGUGACUUAGGGAGCAAGCCUGGGGUUUAGCUGGGACACACUGGGGACAGGGUGUUGGGCGGCAUAUGCUCAGCUGUGUAGCCUGAGUGCUCAGCCCAUUCUGUGGCCCUCUGCCUAGGAGGUGUCCAUCAGGAGCUUUGCUAAGACACCAUGAAAUGAUGCUCAGGUUAGGCAGUGAGGGCUGGAGCUUGGGCUAGCAGGCAAGCUUCUGGUGUCUGGGAGGUCCUCACCUUUGGCAUCUCUCUAGGACUUCAUGUUGGACUUGGUGGCAGCCAGUGCAGCACAGAGCGUAGAGCAAAAGAGAGAAGUUUCCACCCCAGUGCCAUAAACAGCUGGACUGCGGCUUCCCAUUCUCCACAGCAGCAUACCAGGAAAUUUAGGGGACCAGGGAGGGGAAAGAAAAUGGUAAAAUUCAGUGUUUUGAUGUUUCCUUCCUGUCCCUGGCCUCAGCUUUCUUUGCCUCUUAUACAGCCGUGGUGCUGUCUGUGGACCCCCACUGUGUACAUACGACAACAGUUUCCAUGUGCCACCCACCUUACCCUGAAUGACUGUGAACUCUCCCUUCAGGCAGAGGGACAAUGUUGGCACUGUCAGAUAGUGGCAGUGUGUCAGGUUUUCCUCCAAGGAAGGAACCAAAGGUACUUCCUUGAGAUAGAUUCUCUAGGGUGGGAUUAUUGGAUUAGUGAACAUGGGGCCCUCUGAGACUUUUACUACCUACAGACAAAAUAGUUUCCAGAAGUUUCUGUAUCCAUUGUAUUACCACCAGCAAGGGCAAGUGUUCCUGAUUCAGGGUCUUCUCCCAGGGCCGAGUAUUCCCUGACGUGACGAGGACAGCAGCACCGUGUUGUAGUUGCAUCUUUCCAUCCUAGCGCGCUGUGAGUCGUUUUACACCCGUUGACUACAUUUCCUCUUUUGCAGACUGCCGCCGUCCUUUGCUCCAGUGACGGCCUGACCAGUUUGUAAGAGCUCCAUAUGUAAUUAAAGAUGCUAACCUGGUGUGUGUUGUAUCUGC